AUGACGGGGUGCCUGUGGCCGUGCGUGGGAGCGGCGGUGGCUGGGGAUGGGGCCGGCCACCGGAAGGCGGGGCUGUUCCGCUCCAAGCCCAGGACCCCCGCGGAGGUGGUGCAGCACGUCAGGGACCUGGUCACCUACGUCCUCGACAACAAGGACGGCUGCUGCGGCGGCAAGCGCGACGCCAAGCUUGAGCACAGGAUGGUAGAACUAAGCAAAGGAAUCAAGGAGAUGAAAGGCAUUCUCUUCGGUAAUGGCGAAGAAGAUCCUUGUGAAGAAGCUUGCAAGCAAUUGACUAAGGAGUUCUUCAAGAAGAACACUGACACCUUCCGUCAACUAAUUGUUUGCCUUCAAUACGUGGACUUGGAAGUACGAAAACUUGGACAUUGCAAUACAUUACAGUACUCUAUUGAGAGAUUGCAUACGCCACCAAGUCGCUGCAAGUUUCCAGACUUCAAUAUACAAUCAGAUGUCUUUAAAACUUUUAAGGAACUCAUGACACGGCAUAAAUCAACUGUUGCUGAGUUCUUUUCCAAGAAUUAUGAUUGGUUCUUUGUGGAAUUCAACUCGAAACUGAUAUUAUCUGCUUCCAACUACUUCAUCCGAAGGCAAGCCGUUCAACUCUUGCGAGACAUUCUUUUGGAAAGGUCAAACAUUGCAGUGAUGAUGCGCUAUGUUAGUUCGAAAGAGCACCUCAUGAUUCAAAUGAACCUUCUGAGGGACGAAAGCGUAGCUAUUCAAGUAGAGGCUUUCCAUGUCUUUAAGCUGUUCGUCGCUAACAAGGAGCAGCCACCUGAGAUCACCAGCAUACUGCGCGCCAACAGAAGCAAGCUCCUGAGGUUCCUGAAAGACUUCACCACCGUGGAGAAAGACGAUAAGAAGUUCGAGGCCGACAAAGCUACGGUCAUCUCGGAGAUCCUAGCGCUAGCUGAAAAGCAGUAG